AAAUCAAAGUGUUUUUGUGAUUGACUUUUGAAUUGCAAUCCAAUUAUUGAAUGAAUGUUUUGUUUUGAUUUAAUUAAGUUUUUAUAAAUAUAGUAGAAAUUGAUUAUUCAUUUCAAUCAUUUUCAUUGAUUUAAUUCAAGAGUAAAACAUAUUAAAAGUUUGAAAAGUAAUGUCAUAUAAGAGUGAAUCACAAGAUAUGGUUUGGAAGCGACCAAUCAAUCAAUCGAUGAAUGGCGACGAAGACGACGACAACGUUUGGGACGACAGGGCUCUCAUCGAUGCCUACGAUAAGGCCGUCAAACAAGUGAACCAACGGAUUGCAGACAAAGGAUUGGAGAUAAAGGAUACGAAAGACCACAACAAAAGUGUCGCCAAAGACCACAACCGAAAAUCAAAUAAUCCUAAUGUUUGGCAUUCGGGUCAAUACUGUCGGGCCAUUUAUAGCGAAGAUGGCUUUGAAUACGAGGCACAGAUUGUCUCAAUUGAUACAUCAGAUGACACCUGUAUUGUCAAAUAUAUUGGUUAUGGCAAUGAAGAGCGCAAAACACUUAAAGAAUUAAAUCCUUCGUUUGGUAAACGGUGUCGGAAACAACAGACGGACACUACAAAUGUUAUUAAAAGUUCAGAAUCUGAUUGUGAAACAAAUGAUAAUCAGUCCAAUCAGUUACCAACAACUCAUCAAAAAGUAUCAAACAAUCAAAAGUCUACGAAUAAACUGGACUCGACGUCAACAACCUCUUCAUGGUUUACGCCAUCACCGAGAAUGACAUCGAGUCAACCAAUAAUACCACCGCCGCUAUCAUUAGGCAACAACUGUCAUCUUCCAUCAGAUGACGAAUCUUUGGCAUCGAUGCUCAUGUCUUGGUAUAUGAGUGGCUAUCAUACAGGAUAUUAUACCGCAUUAAAACAAGUUCGACAACAAUCGGAACAGUUAUCAACAGCAAGAAGUACGACAACACGAGACAGAGAUAGACAUGACUUAAAUAAUAAAUAGUUUAUUAAAUAGAUAUGGAUUUAGAUUUUUUUAUCAAUAAAAGCUUUCAAAAUUUUUUUUCAUUCAUUCAAUAAAACAAGUGAUCA